AUGUUCCAUUACUCGUGUGUCUAUGGAGUGGAAGACCUCCCUGUGAUCAUGAAACAGAGUCACCUCGUGGCUCACAAGCUGUACAUCGACUAUCAACCAGCUGCAUAUUUUUGUCUUCUCAAGCAAGUCCGUAAGAGGGCCUUAUCACCAAUUAACUUCGACUCGGCAAUAUAUGCAGAAAUUCCACUCGUUGAGCUAAGCCGUGGCAUUUCCUUCCAAAACUUAACCCAUCCAGAGUGGCUCUUAAGACUGCAUGAACCGCGGAAGAAUUCCUUGUGA